CUUCCACUUACAUUGAAAAAACCUCUUUCAACUCUCAGUUUCAGAUUCUGCAACCAAAGAAAAUAAACAAAGAGAGAAAGAGAGAGGUAUAUAACUUCCAUUUCAAAAAUACAACCAAGUCUUUCUUUAUUUGUUUUCUCGUGGCGAUGGAGAAUUCUUACGACUCAACUACUCCAUAUAUGGUGUCAUGGUCAUUACAGUCUGAUUCUGAUUGGAACCGCUUUAAUCUUGGCUUCUCUUCUUCCUCCUCCGGCAAUUUCCCGGCUGAUGAUUGUGUCGGUGGGAUUGAAAAAGCUGAGUCACUUUCAAGAAGCCACCGUCUUGCUGAGAAAAGACGCCGUGACCGUAUUAAUUCCCACCUCACCGCUCUCCGCAAACUUGUCCCCAACUCCGACAAGUUAGACAAAGCAGCUCUAUUAGCAACAGUAAUAGAGCAAGUGAAAGAACUCAAACAACAAGCAGCAGAAUCACCAAUCUUCCAAGAUCUUCCAACAGAGGCAGAUGAAGUAACCGUGCAGCCUGAAACCAUCUCUGACUUUGAAUCAAACACCAAUACACUCAUCUUCAGAGCUUCGUUUUGCUGCCAAGACCAACCAGAGGUAAUCUCAGAGAUCAUAAAAGUUCUCACAAAGCUUCAACUCGAAACGAUCCAGGCUGAGAUUAUAAGUGUCGGAGGUCGAAUGAGAAUCAAUUUCAUCCUAAGAGAUAACAACUGCAAUAAGACUACGAACGUAGCUUCAUCAGCAAAAGCUUUGAAGCAAUCACUUUGCGCUGCGUUAAACAGAAUCACAUCUUCUUCUUCUUCAUCUACUUCUUCGGUUUGCAGAAUCAGAAGCAAAAGACAGAGAUGGUUCCUCUCUUCUCACUACUCACAAUGAAUGCAUUUUCACUAUAUACUUUUGCAGAUAGUAGAACUCGAACCCAUUAUUACUAAAAGGUUUUUUCAGCAAUUUGGUUCCUACUAAACCUAAUCAAGAUUUGUAUAAUCCAAAAUGUGUAUAACCUAAAUCUGAAUUGUUCCAUAAGCUCUAAACCAAAAUGAUAAGAUCACAACGAAGAUUAGCAUAAAGAUAUAACAUUACUGUUAGAAAAAAACUGAUCCGAUAGAUUAAGGUUUAACAUUAAUCGAAGAUCCAUACAACCCAACAAUAACGAAGACAAGAAAAACUUGAAACGAGUUCAGACAACAGUACUAAGGAUUAUAAGCGAAAAGACAGAAACAACAG